AUGGCUGUACCGAAGGUGGCCCCGUUCUACGGUAAUGCCCCCUUCAUACUGGAACCCGGCGACCUCACGUCAGCUAUCGUUUCAGGGCUCCUUCGACCGAACGUCUUCGUUCAGCAAACCGACCGAAAUCUAGAAAACUACGGCGUCGCCUACAGUCGCAAGGACAAUAUCGGUAUUGAGACUCAUGGUUCUCAAAAGGCCAUUCAAACUCGCUGUAAGGAAUUUGCUAAGUCUCGCGGAUUCCAGCUGAAGGUUGCGGGAUUCAGCAGUAAACACGGCGGUGGUAAUGCAAAGUACGUCUGCAAGAAAUUGAACGGCCAGCAGUUCUUCGACAAGGAAGCUGACCAAGGUGCCAUCAGUUGUCCGUUUUUCUUCAACGUCAGUGGAGUUGCCGGUGAAUGGAAGUUGAUAAGGGCCAAUUUCUGCCACAACCAUCUCAAGAACGUCGGGUUUUCUGGACGCCUUGUUGCUGAAGCGACCAUCGCUCGUCCUGACAAAGUCCUGCGGAAUACUACACAGCAGGUUGACGAGAUGAUCCACCUGGUCCGAUCCGAAAUGCUGAACAAGUAUGAAGGCAAAACGGACCGGAUGACUGGAGCUGCAAUCGCUAAGUUUCUUGAAAGGAAUUACGACAGGCUCGGUCUGGAAAUUCGAGAAGGACUUUGA